UAUGAAACAUGAUAACGUGUCAAGACGUAAACGUCAAAUGAAGUUUUAGGUUAGAAAUUUCUUCUUAUUAGAGUUGUAGCUGUUAGCACAUUUUAAAACACUACUUUAAAGUCAUGGCUGAAACUGCUAGUGAAAAGUUAUCAAAAAAUGAAUUGAAGCGGCGGUUAAAAGCUGAGCAAAAGCUGAAAGAAAAGGCUGAAAAAGCCGCGCAAGUUCCAACUCCCGCAGCCGACAAGAAGUCAUCGGCCAAAGCUGAAGAGGAGAUCAGUCCUAAUGAGUAUUAUAAGUUGCGAACUGCAGCUGUUGCAGCUCUUAAAGAGGGCUCUAAGGAAGACCACCCAUACCCUCACAAGUUCCAUGUUACAAUAUCUUUAGAAGAAUUUAUUGAAAAGUACAAUAAUGUCAACAGUGGUGAAGUUCUUGAGAAUGUUACACUCUCUGUGGCUGGUAGAGUUCACUCUAUUAGAGAAUCUGGAGCUAAACUCAUAUUCUACGAUUUGAGAGGUGAAGGGGUUAAAAUUCAGGUUAUGGCUAAUGCUAAAAUGUAUGAGUCUGAAGAAAAGUUUGUUAGUGAUACUGACAAGCUAAGGAGAGGUGACAUUAUUGGAUGUGUUGGCCAUCCUGGCAAGACUAAGAAGGGAGAACUGUCCAUUAUACCAAAAAGUAUUAAGUUGCUAUCUCCAUGCCUACAUAUGCUGCCUCACUUACACUUUGGUCUUAAGGAUAAAGAAACCAGGUUUAGGAAAAGAUAUUUGGAUCUUAUAUUAAAUGAUAGGGUAAGACAAACUUUCUACACUAGAGCAAGAAUCAUUGCUUAUGUCAGGAGAUUCUUGGAUAACCUUGGUUUCCUUGAAAUUGAAACUCCAAUGAUGAAUAUGAUUCCUGGUGGAGCUACAGCCAAGCCAUUCAUUACACACCACAAUGAUCUCAACAUGGACUUGUAUAUGAGAAUAGCCCCAGAACUGUAUCACAAGAUGUUAGUUGUUGGAGGUCUGGACCGUGUCUAUGAAAUAGGCCGACAGUUCAGGAAUGAAGGCAUUGACUUGACUCACAACCCAGAGUUCACAACAUGUGAGUUCUACAUGGCAUACGCAGAUUACAAUGACCUCAUCAGUAUAACUGAAACAAUGCUAUCUGGAAUGGUUAAAAGUAUUCACGGCUCUUACAAAGUAAAAUAUCAACCAGAUGGACCAGAAGGUGAGGAAGUGGAGAUUGACUUUACUCCUCCAUUUGCUAGAGUGCCUAUGAUUGCUAGCUUAGAAAAGGCAUUGAAUGUCAAAUUUCCACCAGCUGAUCAGUUAGAUUCAGCAGAAGCCAACCAACUACUUAGUCAGUUGUGUGAGAAGCAUGAAGUAAGUAUUAUAACAAUUCUCAGUUCUACAUAUCAUAUAUUUCAUUAAAAUUAUAGAACAUUUAACUUCACAUGACAAAGUUUUACUUACUGAAAUUUAAAUUACCACUUGUAGUAGACAAAGUUACAAAAAUCUGUUUUAUAGCCUUCACAGAUACUUGACACAGGUGGUUUCACUAUUGUUUAUAAUGACUAUUAAAAUCCAAUAAUCUUACACAAAUAUUGAUAUUUUUCAAAGAUUCAAUGUAUAGUGUAUAUUUACACAUACUCAUUGGUUUUAUUAUAUUACAAGAGUAUAUUAUAUGUUUGGUAACACAGGGUAAUAUUUUAUUAUGUACUAUAGCCCAAUAUAAGAUUUACAAGUGAUAAAAAAAUUGAUCA